AAUGUGUCCCCCCACAAGCAUUCAGUAUCAUGACUGACGCCUUUCUGCUGGGAUUAUUUGUGUUCUCGGCGGUGGUUGCCGUUCUCUUCGAGCCCCUACUGGCCACACGAGACUUUGAGAUACGUUGGCGCGCCAUCAACUGCACGGCCAUUGACCUGGCCACAACGGCCGCCUUUCACUGCUUGAUCGUGGAGCUGCCCAAGCGGCAGGGUAACUUCUUGAACACUCGACUCCUGCUCAAUCGACCCGUGUCCAAGAUGUGGGUGGAGCUGAGCGUGGGACAGCUAAGUGGCAGCUCCAAGGAUCGAACUGUCGUAAACCUGCUCAGGGUGCGCGUGGAUGGCUGUCGUCUGUUUGAAUUUCGCAGCAAGAAUCGCAUUCUGAAUGCUGUUCUCGGCAAGCUGCUGCAAUCGGGCAACUAUCCCAAAUCCUGUCCAAUGUUGGCGAAUGUCAACUAUACGUCCACACAUUUUGCCCUCAAUCCGGAUCACUUUCCAGCCUACAUGCCGGACAUGAAGUUCAACACGAAACUGGUGUUCAAUUUGGGCAAGAAUAUCACACUGAUUAGGGCCAGUGUGGAUGCCGAGGUAAUGAGGCGAUCCUAGAAGUUCAAUAAAGAGCAAAUCCCAAGCA